UCUCUAUAAAACUUCUAAAUUAUCAAUUUUUUUAUUUAAAAAAAAAACAUUUUUAUUUCAAUCCAAGAAGUGAGUAGAAUUAAUGGCAUCAAGGAGAAUUCACAAGGAACUAAGGGAGUUGCAAAGAGACCCUCCUACUUCAUGUAGUGCAGGUCCUGUGGCUCAGGAUAUGUUUCAUUGGCAAGCAACCAUUAUUGGGCCAAAUGAUAGCCCUUUUGCAGGUGGUGUUUUUCAAGUGGCCAUCCAUUUCCCCCCUGACUACCCUUUCAAACCCCCCAAGGUGGCUUUCAAGACCAAAGUAUUCCAUCCAAAUAUAAAUAAUAAUGGAAAUAUUUGUUUGGACAUUCUUAAAGAUCAAUGGAGUCCUGCUCUCACCAUAUCCAAGGUUUUGCUAUCCAUAUGUUCACUACUAACAGAUCCAAAUCCAGAUGAUCCAUUGGUACCAGAAAUUGCACAUUUGUACAAAACUGAUAGGCAAAAGUAUGAAUCAGUGGCUCGUAAUUGGACCCAAAAAUAUGCUAUGAAUUGAUGGAAUUAGUCGAGGUGCUAGAGAGCUGAAUCAGACGCCAUGUUUUUUUUAUAUUAAAAAAAACUCAUGUUACUUGUUAUAGUAACUUAUAACCAUGAUGUCUUCCUCCCAAACCAUAUAAUAAGUGCAGAAAACUAGUAUAAAAUUAGUGAAAUGAGAAAUGUGUCACAAUUGAAAUAUAUAUAACUAUGCAAAUUUGGGUUAAAUAAAUGGUCUUUUUUUUU